AGUACACGGUCACGCACGGUGUGUCGUUUAUGAUUCUGGUUUCCUUCCUAGGCUGUGGCUGUGACUUUAUUAUUGUUGGUAGUUGUCAGACUAGAAAUAUGUGGGAGUGGCAAACCUAAGUGUCGGUGUUGUCUACAAUGAGUAUCAAAAGUUUAACUAGUUGUUUGUUCUUAGUUUUAACUCAUACAAGUGUAGUUUUAUGUUUUAAUUUAGAAACUAGGUUGCCUGUGAUAAAACGAGGAACAGAAGGUUCGUAUUUCGGCUAUUCCGUCGCUGAGCACCAGUCUAUAAAUGAAGAAAAACGACAAGUAGAACACAGUUGGCUGCUGGUCGGUGCGCCUCUGGACCAGAAUCUUCAGCCUGGAACCAACAGGUCAGGAGCGCUGUGGAGAUGUCCUCUCACCACCAGAACAGACGACUGCGAACAGGUGGUAACUGAUGGGAAAAGAAAAGAGGCAGAUGAUGGCGAUUAUGAUCCUUCAAUUGACUCUGAUAACUUGAUGCCACCAAUGAAAGAUGAGAUCAAAGACAACCAAUGGUUGGGAGUGACUGUGAGGAGUCAGAAGCCUGGAGGGAAAGUCAUUGUGUGUGCCCACCGCUACAUACGCAAGGGUGAAGACUUCCAAUAUGGCCAGGGACUGUGCUACACGCUCACACAGAGACUGGACUUUGAUGAAAGCUGGGAGCCUUGCAAAGGCAGACCUGUCCAAUUAGCUCAUGAGCAGUAUGGCUACUGCCAGGCAGGCACCAGUGGGCUGCUUUUGUCGGAUGACUCGGCCCUCAUCGGCACCCCGGGACCCUACACUUGGCGGGGAACUGUGUUUGUCUUCAAUGUGUCCGAAGACUACCUCAAUAGGGACAAAAACUUCUAUUACGGCCCUGUCCUGGAAAAUGAUGCACCUGUAGACAAGUACAGCUACCUAGGGAUGUCAGUGACGGCCGGCCACUUCCUAUCUGAUGAUGAGAUGGUGUAUGCGGCUGGAGCACCCAGGUCUAAAGGCACUGGCGAGGUUGUAUUGUACACCAAGAAGUCUUCCACCAUCCAGACACUCAUGAACGUGCGACAGAUCAUCAGCGGGGAACAGUUCGCAUCCAGCUUUGGCUACGAGGUAGCUACAGCUGAUGUCAAUGGAGACAAACUUCCUGAUCUACUGGUUGGAGCCCCUUUCUACUUCACCAGAGAGCUCGGUGGAGCUGUCUAUAUUUAUAUGAAUGUUGACCAUUGUCUCAACUGUACCCAACCUCUCAAGCUGACUGGGAAGACAGAGUCAAGAUUCGGAUUUGCUAUAGCUAACCUAGGUGACCUCAACAAGGAUGGGUUUGAAGAUGUUGCGAUUGGUGCUCCUUACGAAGGCAGUGGAACUGUCUACAUUCACCUCGGGUCUAAAGAUGGCCUGAUCUUGGAACCAUCACAGGUAAUCCGUGGAGAAAGUUUCCAAGGUGUGACUACACUGGGCCACUCCCUGUCUGGUGGUAUGGACCUGGACACCAACGGAUACCCUGACCUGCUGAUGGGAGCUUACGAGAGUGACAGCGUAGUCCUAGUGAGGGCGAGACCCAUUGUUGACCUACGCACUAAGGUGGAGCCAGUGGACGACAUCACCAAGAUUGACCCCAACUCACACGGCUGUACUAUGGACCCAGACUCUGAAUAUACUUGUUUCUCGUUUGAAUCGUGUGUGGAGCUGGAGUCGCAGGUGAUGGUGGAAGGGCGGCCGGUGAGUGGAGAGGUAGAGCUUAUGUACAAGGUGGAGGCCGACCACAACCGCAAGUUUCCCCGGGUGUGGCUCAAUAACCCGGAGGACCCUGAUGCGCGAGCCUCUACCAUGAGGCUGGGUGUGUUGUUAACACUUGACGAUAGGACUGGGAGACUGCGUCACUGCCAGGCACACACUGUGUACAUCAAGGAGAACACUCGAGACAUCCAGUCUCCGAUAGCAUUCAAACGCAGCUAUUCGCUGGAACAGAAGGAGCCGCAGAUGCCGAGGGAAGGAGAGCCUCUACCGUCCAUUGACCACCUGCCAAUACUGAACCAACAGGAGGCAGACCAAGUGUUUAAUGUGCACUUCCUGAAGGACUGCGGAGACAACAACGUCUGUGAGAGUCAGCUGUUCAUAGAAGCUGAGCUGUUGCUGCCUACCACUGGAGAGUCCAAGUCAUCAUGGGAGUUGAUGCUUGGCCAACAUGCGGAAGUGGCUGUCAACAUCACAGCUUACAACUUGCGAGAGAGCGCUUACGAGGCCCAGCUCUUCAUUUCCCACUCCUCCAGCCUCAGCUACAUCGGCCGCUCAAAGUCCAAGGAAAAAAUACUAAAGUUCUGGCCAGGAUGGUUAGGUCAGGGCAAGCAGCUGACUUGUCAUCCAUUCAACUCAACCCUUGUAGCUUGUAGUCUUGGCAACCCACUGUCCUCAGACCAUCCUCCUGUACAUCUGCAGCUCAGGUUUGACCCCAAGGAUCUGCCCGACUCACAGUCCAGGCUGGAGUUCAUAGUGUUUGCCAACUCCACCAGUGUAGAGGAGGAUCCCCAGGGCCCUCUCACUCUCGCAGCUACUGUGGUCAAGAGGGCGGAACUAUCUCUCAAGGGAUUGGCCCGGCCAGAGCAGGUGCUGUAUGGUGGCCAAGUGAAGGGAGAGUCUGCCAUGGUGUACAAGGAUGAGGUCGGCUCACGAGUGUUACACACAUACCAGGUGUACAACCAGGGACCUUGGAGAGUGUCUAACUUGGAGAUACACAUAGAGUGGCCAUAUCAGGUAGCGAACAACAAACCACUGGGUAAAUGGCUGCUAUACAUGGAAGAGGAGCCGUAUAUUGAAGCUCUGAGUGGAGGCCAGUGCUACAUGGCUCCUAACCAAGUGAACCCUCUACAGCUAGUGUCUAGGCCCGGGCUGCUAGAGGCCCCUCUAGAGCCCCUCACCCCUACAUCCGGGCCUCUGUACAACACUACUGAGGGUGGUACUGAUGGCGCUAUCAGGGUGCGGAGAAGGAGGGAUGCUGAGAUGGUCGUUCGCAGUGAAACUUACACAGACAAGGACGGCCGAAAACACAAAGUGGUCAAUAUGAACUGCUUGCUGGGAACAGCCAAAUGCUUCAAGUUCAGCUGUGUUGUUCACAGUUUGCAGCAGAAUCAAGAAGCCACGAUAUUCAUCAGAGCUAGGUUGUGGAACUCCACCCUAGUGUCAGACUACCCUCGGGUGGAUCAAGUCUCCAUCUCAUCUCGUGCCAAGAUACACAUUCCCCCCUCCCUUAUCAUACAUCAGGACACAAGCGAUGAUGUGGCGACAGUGGAGACGGUGUGUAAGGUAGAUCUGCUAGAGCAGCAAGCGGCAGAGCCUGUUCCUUGGUGGAUUAUCAUUGUAGCCAUCGUCGUCGGACUGCUUGUUCUUAUUCUGCUCACUUUGUUGCUGUGGAAGCUCGGAUUCUUCAAGCGGCGACGACCAGACCCAACAUUAUCUGGAAACCUGGAGAAACACCGAAUUGACGAUCACGACUAUUAGAAUUAGUUACAACUAUUGUCCGACCAACUCGGUGACUGAUAGCUUCUCGUAUAAGUACCGAGUCAGAGUCAACGUAAUGUCUCUUAGGCUAGCGAGGAAUCAUUCAGAGUUAUCUACCUGACAGAGAUUAGAAUCUUAAUUUUAAAUAAGUACCUACUUUAUGUAUUUACUACCUUUAAAUGUGAUUUAUUUCUGUACAAGCAUUUUUAUUAACUGACAUUUUUUAGCCAAAUUUAAUGUAAGUUUAAGUUUGUUUUCUGUCCAAUGUUUAAAAUUGAUUUGAUUAGUGUUAUUUUUUCAUUGAGUAAUGAAACUGAAGGACUGAAAUUAUCAUAUACCCUCCAUGAAUUCAGGGGCCUUGAUGGUAAUUGCUUAUAUCAAUUUAAUUAAAGUUUUUUUGCAAAGUUGUAGAACAACACGUUUAUAUAAAAUUAUAUUUUUAUUUUUAUACUUAACAAUGUCUCAAAUUUUACUUGAAGCAGAUUUGAAGUUAAUUUGAUGCAUAACAUGUUUGCCGAAUUUAUUUUGUUAAUUUUAAUAUAUACUUUUACAUUACAAAAAUGUAUACCAUUUAACUUUAGAUCGUUUAGUAGAUUUUAUUUUAGUAUUAUUUGGAAAUUUACAGAAAACACACACCUUAUUACAAACUGAAACACAAGGUUUAUGAAAAUGACACUAUUACAAGAAUGGUGUGACGAAGCCUUAUAAUAGUAAUGAACAUUAUUUUUGUAGGCCUACGCAAUAUUUUAUUUUAAAAUUUUUUGUUCAGCUUUAAUCUAGGUAUACUGAUUGUAUAUUGCACAGUUAAAAAAUAGUGUGCUAACAUUUUUGGCUGAAUCACGGUGCUAUUGUAAAAAUAACAGUCUAUUUAUAAUAAAAUAUUCAUAUAUUUUGGGUUCUUUACGCUGCUGGGUUUGGUUUAAAAAAGCUUAAUUUUCUUCUCUGGUUUAGGAACAUCUGUCGCUUAAAUCAUAAUAAUUUUAAAUGAUAGUCUAAUUAUUGUGUCUUUUAGAAGUGCUCUUGUCAAGUAGGUAGUAACUGAUUUAUAUGUUUGACGUUGUAGAUAAAUUUAUAUUUGUUGAACAUUUUAUGUAAAUAUUGUUUAUUUUUACUUAUAGUUGGCACAUUGUGUUAUAUCUUGAUGAAUGAACUGAAUUUACAGGAUUUUUUGUAUUGUAAGAAUCAAAGCUGUAUAUUGAUACUUUUAUUGUAUUUUUAAGUAAGGUAUUAUUUAAGUUAAACUUAAGUCUAAUAAUGGUUGACUAUGUACAUGCCAGGAAGUUGCUCGACAAUUUGUGGACCCAGAGGUUGUCAAGUUAACCAGAACGUGGAAAUACCUAAUUGGUUGUUUUAAUAAAUUAAAACACAACAGACAAAUUUGUACAUAUAAAUUUAUUAUUUAUAUGAGAAUUUUUACAUCUUGAGUAAACAAUCUUCCUAAAAACAAGGGUCCUUGAAAAGGUCAAGACAAAGAUUAAGACAAAUCCAGCUAGUUGUGUGGACUGUCAGAUGUUGAUUGUCGAGUUAAACACUGUCAAUUUAGUUACGUUUUACUCUACCUACCAGUCUUAAGUGGCAGCAUACAUGGUAUUUUGCUAUGAAUUUACUUUCAUAAUUUGUUGUCCUCAAUUCUGCUGCAAGGUAGUUUUGCAACCUUAAAAAGUACACAUUUUGUAAAAUUUUUACUUGAGUUGUGUACAUAGUCAAUGCUCGUGGUUUAGAUUAAUUAGUAGUUAAGUAAAAUCCUGAAAGGUUUGAAACAUUUAUCGAGUAUACUUCCAACAAUAGUGAUAUCAUAGAUUUAAAAAUAUAAUUCAGUGGUUAAUUAAUUCCUGUUUAUUUCAUUUUUAACAACAAACAAAAUGUUGAUAUAGAGCAAGCUUUAAAGAUAUUAUACAUAUUUUUAGUAUAAUUGUCAAUUUCAUGAAUAUUCCAAAAUGUUAGGUUACUAAUAUAGUCAGUUACAAAAUAUGAUGUUGUAAAUCUUAAGACAUUUUGUUUUUAUUCAGAAAAAAUCUGCAAUUCAUUAAACAAAUCAAAUAUAAACUUUGUCACAAGUGUGAAGAAUUUCUGUGAUGGCAAAAUAUGAACACUGCCUUUUUAACUUAAGAAUAUUUCUCUGUAAUACAGUUUAUUUUCCUAUACAAUGUAAGUUUAGUUUUAGGGCCUACUGUACUUUUUGAGUAUAUGUAUAUUUUUAAUAAUGUUAACUGGUUAACUCUACUUUUUAUGUUCAAUUAUUUUCAUCUUUAUAAAUAAACAAAGUCAAAUUUGUCAAUCCCUUAAACAGUUUAUGUUGAUAUAAAUUAUUUUUAGCGAUGACUAGUCACCAUUUACGAAUAAUGUUUAACACCUUGAUUGUGGUGGUAUAGUCAAUUAAAAUGUUUUUGAAAUUACUUUGUUUUAAAGUAUUAACUCAUAUUUAUUCAUUUUCUUUUACUUGUUCAGCUAGAACAUUUUAAAUAUGAUAGCCAUAUAUCUGUAUCAAAUACAGAAAUAUACAAAGUUUUAUAAUUGUAUUUUUUGAAUGGCGUUUAUAGUUAGGCUAUUUCUACUGGUAUUUAUGAAAUAAAAGUUACAUUUGAGAUAA